AGCUCGGAGGAGCAUCACCUGCUGCGAUUACCUACAAGAUACAGCUUUCAGGCCUACCUUCGAACCGAAUUGAAAUAUAAUACCUACCCUUGAAUCUUCUUCUGCCACAAAUGGAGCCUUGUCAUUAGCUUGAACACGAUGCGCGGUGCUUCAUGUACCUUUUUGGCUCCUUACAAAGGUCGACGAGAAACUCCUCCGUCUCGCAAAUAAGAGGUGGACCAAUCUUAGAAUUCUUAUACCCGGGGGUUCCGGUUAUGGGAGCUGGAAAUACGACUUCUUCGAGAUCACGCCGUCGUGAUAUGUCAAGAGUUGUAGCCGAUCGUGAAGAUGUUAAUGCACUACUCAUCAAGGCUCUCGUGCGAGCGGGAUCCUGUAGGAAGCACAACAAACACGAGGCAAUACGAUCAUGCGGAACUUCCCAGAGUCGGUGGAAUUGUCACAGAACACAAGGUCUCUUUACAUGCACUAAAUCCAGCACCAAGCGCACUUUCUCUACCACUGGUCGCCAUCUUGACACGCCAGCUACAGUUCCAGCCCAGGAUAUACAAAAGUCUGGAGAUUUCGAGGCGGCGAUUGAUACUCUGAUCGGGCCUAGAAACUGUCACGGGGGCGCGAAUGCCCUGAAGACACAGCAUGGACCGAGUACAAAGCGUUCAAAGCCCAGUACAGCUAGAUCGGUAGACGAAAUUCCUGCACCUUCUGCACCUCCAACCUCUUCAACACCAGCACAAUCAACCAGCCAUAGCAUCCCAGUGUCGAAAGCCGGUUUUAAGCUCCGGCGUAGCGCAGCCUCAAUUGCAGAGCAAAGGCCGCCCGAACACUCUUCGCUGAAGAAUGAUGCUUUGGAGAAGAUCAGCAUAGGAGAUGCUACCGGGAUGACAAGAGUUGACUCGCUGGCCAUUGAAGUCGCGGACCGUUACCCAAGAGAACGAACUUGGAGAGAGUCAUGGCAGGUCGCAACGUAUUGCAAAACCUAUGUGCCGGGCUUCAAGGAGGCUGACCAAAGAUCGAAGCGCAUCUUCGUCAACUGUGUUCAGUACUGGAUCGACAAAGCAAAGAGUUUCGAGGCUGCAUCAUUGACAGACUACCAUCUCUCUAAAGAUGAGCUAUAUGCUCUCCUUGAAGAUGCCCCAGGAUUCGAAAAAUGGUUGAAACGACUCCGAUGGCGAGAAUCACAAGACUUGCAAGAUAUUGAGGUUGCGAAUGAAGAGAGGAUAUCUCAUGACAUUUUACAGCCACUCACUCCGACUGAGGAUACUGAGCAGACUGUGAGGAUAAUACAGGACCUGAUACGAUGGUACAAGACCCCGCCAAACGUGGUAUACAACCUGUAUAGCAGCCUUCCUGAACCGCGUCCUCUCCAACUUGGCAAAGUCACUGCAUACGAUCUACUAUCGUUCUUUAAUCUUGUUCAUAGAUCAGACCCAGCGUCUUCAGAACGAUACUUUACACUUCUGGACGAAUACCGGGCUUGUGGGGUCGAAAUUGGGACCCGUCACUGGAAUUGGGCUAUACGAAUCGCAGGCCAGUCUGGCAACCAUGCUGAAGAUAACGACGUAGAGACGUCCCUAUGUCUCUGGCGGGAGAUGGAACGCCAAGGCCAUGCGUCAAAUGAGAUCACAUUCAAUGUUUUAUCACAAGUGGCGCUAAAGGCUAAAAACUUCGACACAGUCAUGAUGAUUAGGAAGGAAAUGAAACGUAGGCAGAUACGCAACAGUCGAUACUUUGAUGUGGGCUUGAUAAGCUAUUAUGGCGUCGUCGGGGACUGCCAGGGCAUCAGGCAUGCGUACAAGAAAAUGGUCAGCCAGGGUUCAGUCAUCGACACUCUGGUGCUCAACGCCGUGAUCACUGCGCUUAUAGCUGCAAACGAUCCUGUGGCUGCCGAGCAGGUCUUCCAUCGCAUGAAAGACCUGCAAAGCGCCAAGCAACAAAGCACGAUGUUGUAUCGCCAUACCGUGAAGUGGAAGUGGGAAGGUUGGCAUCUGAGUGCUAUUGAAGGAAAUCCCAGACACCGAUGGAGAUUGGCGCUGGCCCACAAGCACGCUCUGGUUGGCCCGGACAUAGCCACAUAUCGCCUUCUGCUUGGAUAUCACGCCCGGCUCACAGGAAACCUCGAUCGCGUGACGGAACUGUUGCAGGAACUCACCUCCGCAGGUGCGACUUCUGACGGCCACAUCUUCAUGUCCCUCUUCGACGGCUUCAAGAGACACGGAGCACUUCCUUAUAGCGCCUGGACUGAAGCACGACUGGACAAGGUGUUUGUCGCUCUGUGCACAGCUCUCGACGCAGCACUCGACGCAGAUGUCAACCCUGCUCGCAUGACAGUCGGCUUGGUCACCACAAUCCUCAGAGCUUACGCCAAAUGUACAACAAGAGAGCGUGUGCUAGAUGUCUGGCACGAGCUUGACAUACGGUGGACACACCCCCAUCCACAAGAAAGAGAAGCUGCGCUUGACAGAUUAUCUGUACUAUUAAACGAGCCCUCCACACCGUCUAGUGGACACUUCGCCAGUGCAUAGCGUAGCUUCGAGCUUUGUAUAAUAUAAUGAUAUAUUGUUUUGUAUUGUAUAUACUGCA